AAGAUACCACGACGUCAGGGAAAGCGUUUGUAUGCUUGCAUGAACGUAAAAAUACUAUAUUUCAACAAAUGGGAUUGACUUCCCCUACAAGGAGAUUUGGAUAUGAUCUCGCGCAGAGGCCGAUACCAGUCUUGGUCUAGUACUGGGAAACUUGAGACCAGCCUCGGAUUUCCGUCAAGGCUUCUUAGGUAUCACGUCCCUGGGCUGAAGACCUGGUCUGGUAAACAGCUCUUUUUGGGUGUGUAUGUAACGUCUAAAGAGAGAAGAGAGGAGCGGGGAGCUCGAGCUAAGUACAGGGUGCCACGCUAGGGCCAAGUCAUGUGACGCUGACGUCACAACA